GAUACUUGGAUAGGAUCCUAAUUGUCAGCAUGAAAGGAAAAGCUGCACACCGCGACUGGAAAUCUGCAGCCCAGAGGCAGCCCUCUCCCUGCGACCGAUACAAACACGCCUGUGUUAUCUGCAGGGGGUUUGUUUAUCUCUACGGAGGGCGGAACACCACCAGUCUCAGAGACUUUUGGCGGUACAAUAUAGCGAGGAAUGAAUGGGAAAUGCUGGACUGCUCGGGAGAUGGCCCAGGAGAACUGGAAGAACAUUCAAUGGUGGCUUAUAAGGGCACCCUGUAUAUUUUUGGUGGAAUGGUGGAUUCUGCUUUCACACAAGCAAAAACCCCUCUCUGGAUGUAUGACACAGAUUCUGCAGGAUGGACAGAGGGCCGCCACGUACCAGCAGAGAUGGAGAGUUUGGCACCUACUAACAGAAAAGGCCACAGUGCAGUAGUUCACCACGCCAGCAUGUACAUCUAUGGGGGAUACGUUGGCAUCAGAGGCAUUUCACAGGAAUUCUGGACUUUCCAUUUUGAUACAAGAACAUGGUUGUAUGUUUCCACCCCACCUCACAGCACCGGCCCAGGACCUCGCCAUGGUCAUUCAGCAGUGGUUUAUCGUGCAGCCAUGUACCUCUUUGGAGGACUGGUGGGGCUGAAUGAACAGAAAGAUUUAUGGAAGUGGGACUUUGGAAACAGCAGCUGGCAUAACAUCAGAACGAGAGUUCCUAUGCAUCCAUCUCUCACCUGCACUACAGGCACAGCACAAGGGUACAAGUUGGUGAGUACAGGCUGGAGGUCAGUCAGCAGCUCAUAAAGUCCUUAGAAAAAUGAUAUCUGUAGAUAUAUAUAUAGGAACAUAUAUAUAACUUUUUAAGGGAUCUGGCUUUUUCCAAAUGACCACAGCGCAGCACGUAGCUGUAUUUCUUCAUUCCUUCCAGCCCUCAAAGCUUUUAAGUGGUCAGCAGGCCUGCCAGCAUCCCAGCAUCAGAUUAACACUGAGGUUUCAUGUAUCAGUCUCUUUAAACAUAUACAGAUAAAAUAAGCUUUCUGGGGGUGACUGAACCUUCCAGCCCAUCAACCAAUAAAUAGCCAUGGUAGGAAAACUCCUCAGUAGCACACUGGGACUCACUGACACUCUAUAGCAUUAGCUGCAGGAACCUCUUGUCCACUCCCAUUUGAUUAAGUACAAGUGGUAAGUGAUGCUACGUUACCUGAUGGUCAGUCACAACACGAGGCCUGUAGCUUUAAAACAAAACAAGUGAUGCUAAGCUACAGGACGUUCAGAUAUUACGUGCCUGUUCAGAUCACACAGCUGUGGUGUCUCAGUCUCUUCAGGCUCCCCAUACAAACAAAUGGAAUGGCUAAAUAAGCUACAUUGAGUUAAACAGAUCUGCCUAUUUCCUUCAGCUACCAGGACACUGCUGGGAAGAGCUGGGUUUGCAGCCUCAAUUCUACUGGAAAUUGCAGCUCUUGAACUUAAAAGCUGAAAAUGUUGAAUUUUUAAGUAAAACGUCAAGUAUUUGGCUAUUGGAAGUGGAGGAAAACCUUGCCUCGAUGAAAUUGUCCCAUGUGGGAAUUUAAAUUCAACAUUCCCUCCAUCACCAUCACUCCAGCCACGCUGACAGUGUAACAAUGGGGACUUAGGAGGCCACAUUAACCGUGCGUUACUUACUUGGUUUUUAGGCUUUGGGUUCUUUUUUUGCUAUAUGUGAUUGCCCAGAAGGAAACUAAUGACGGUAUUUAGCACUCAGUACUUUAAAACUGUAAACUUCUGUUAUUAUACUUCUGGGAGAAAUUCAAGCUAACAGUUCACAGAGCUCCUGAACCCAAUGGGAAGAGUCAAAUAUCAAACAUGCCUUAAAGAAAAUGCUUCUGCGUUCUGUCUAUUUA